UCCCAUUUCUUUCUCUUCCAGCUUUUUCUUUGCUUUCUUCUUCUUCUUUAACGCGGAUUCACUAUAGAAUAUACCUAUAUUUUCCCUUUUUUGGUUCUAUUGUCAAUCCAUACAAGUUCUUGUACAAAUAAUAAAUACCCAUUUCGUUCUUGGUCUUAAAUUCAAACCUUUCUUGAUAGUUUUUUUUCAGAAAGGUAGAAUCUUGGAGUUGUUUUUACAGUUUUUUGGUAUACCCAUAUAGAAAUCUCACUGAAAUAUUGCACAAAUAAGAUCAAGAAAGCAUUUUUCAGUGGGAAACAAGAAAAGGGUUGGAGUUGAUUAUUCAAGAUUUUGGUGAAAUUGGGUGUUGGAAAUUGAUGGCAUCUGCUGCAAUUUUCUCAUCGUUGAGGAGACAAAGGUCGCCGACACUGGAAGCGUUCUUGGCGCCGGUGGAUCUGACAGAUGUUGGGUUGUUGCAAACACUAACGGCGUUAUCUUCUGAGCUGAUUUCUGCAUAUUCAGGUAAAAGGCUGCCGUUUUAUCAGCGGAAGAAUUGUAAGUCUUUGUUAAGGAAAAUUCAAGUGUUUUCUGUUCUCUUGGAAUGUCUUCUUGAGAAUAACAAGAACAGAAGUAGGGGUUCUUCAGAUUUGCCGUUUACAGCUUUUUUGUGCUUCAAGGAGUUGUAUUUAUUGCUUUACCGGUCGAAAAUCUUGCUUGAUUAUUGCUCUCAUUCCAGUAAGUUGUGGCUGUUGCUACAAAACCAUUCGAUUUCAGGUCAUUUCCAUGAUUUGAACCAAGAAAUCUCGACCCUUUUGGAUGUUUUCCCCUUAAAGGAUUUAAAAAAUUUACCUGAAGAUGUUAGGGAACAGGUUGAGUUGUUGAAGAAACAAGCAAGAAAAUCUCAGUUGUUUGUUGAUAAACAUGAUGAGAUGCUGAGGUUGAAAAUGUUCUCUUUCUUGAAUGAGUUUGAGAAUGGAGGUGUUCCUGACUACGCGCAGUUGUACUCUUUUUUUGUGGAAAAAUUGGGGAUUUCUAAUCCUAGGAGUUGCAGGGUUGAGAUUGAGUUUUUGGAGGAGCAGAUUGUGAACCAUGAAGGAGAUAUUGAGCCGACAUCCUCAGUUCUCAACGGCUUUGUGGCGUUGAUGCGAUACUGCAGGUUUUUGCUCUUUGGCUUUGAAGAGGAUGAUAUGGGAUUGAGAUUGGGUAAGCAUAAGAAGCUGAAGAGAGGGCUGAUUAGUAAAGAGAUUGCAGAGACAUUCAUUUCUGUACCAAAGGACUUCUGUUGUCCGAUAUCGUUGGAUUUGAUGAGGGAUCCAGUUAUUGUGGCAACAGGGCAGACAUAUGAUCGAGCUUCCAUAUCGAGGUGGAUGGAGGAGGGUCACUGUACUUGCCCAAAGACAGGGCAGUUGCUUGAUCAUACCCGGCUUGUGCCAAACAGGGCUCUUAGGAAUUUGAUUAUGCAUUGGUGUGCUGCUCGCAAAAUUCCCUAUGACCCUCUGGAGAGUGGGGAUCCAUGUAUUGAAUGUUUCCCAUCUGCUUCACCUAGCAGGGCUGCAUUAGAAGCUAAUAAAGCCACAGCAGCUCUUCUCAUUAAGCAGCUAGAGAAUGGGACGCAGAUUGCAAAAACUAUUGCUGCUCGGGAGAUAAGACUUUUAGCUAAAACUGGUAAGGAGAAUCGUGCAUACAUAGCCGAGGCUGGUGCAAUCCCACAUUUGAAGAAUUUGCUUUCAUCUCCAGAUGCUGUGGCACAAGAAAAUUCCGUCACUGCAAUGCUUAACUUAUCGAUUUUUGAUAAGAAUAAAGGUCGAAUUAUUGAUGAAGUAGGGUGUCUGGCGUUGAUAGUUGGAGUGUUGAGAUUUGGGCACACCACAGAGGCACGGGAAAAUGCUGCGGCAACAUUGUUCAGUCUGUCAGCUGUUCAUGACUAUAAGAGGCAAAUAGCAAAAGAAGAUGGGGCAGUCGAGGCCUUAGCAGGUCUGUUGCGAGAAGGUUCUCCCCGAGGGAAGAAGGAUGCAGUAACUGCUCUAUUUAAUUUGUCUACCCACACAGAUAAUUGUGCGAGGAUGAUAGAGUGUGGAGCUGUUACUGCUCUAGUUGGAGCUUUGGGAAGUGAAGGUGUUGCCGAAGAAGCUGCUGGUGCAUUGGCGCUGAUUGUUAGGCAGCAAGUUGGUGCUACAGCUGUUGGCAAUGAGGAAACGGCAGUAGCAGGGCUCAUUGCAAUGAUGCGAUGUGGGACACCAAGAGGGAAAGAGAAUGCAGUUGCUGCAUUGCUUGAAUUAUGCCGUGGUGGUGGAGCAGCUGCUACUGAGAGGGUCUUGAAGGCGCCGUCAUUAGCAAGUUUACUUCAGACAUUGCUCUUUACAGGAACAAAGCGCGCAAGGAGGAAAGCAGCAUCGCUUGCUAGAGUAUUCCAACGGUGUGAGCAUGCAUCAGUUCAUUAUAGCGGGUUUGGUGUAGGAUAUGCAUUUUCUGGGAACUCAGCUGCAUCUAGGGAUUCAACUUUUCCUAGUGAUGUCUCAGUGUCCAUGUCCAUUUCAGUUCCAGUAUUAUAGGGUGGGGUACUUAUCACCAUUCAUCUUUUGUUCUUAGUUUUGCCUGUAAUAUUCAAAAAUUCUUUCAUUGAAAUAUAAACGCGACAAAGAAAGAGAGAAAUCAUAGGAAUACCAUAAAAUUCAUGUGUUCUUAG